AUGUCACCGCGCAACUCGCUCUAUGCGCACAGAAAAUGUCUGAUUAUCUGUGGAGUUGUGGCAAUGGCUAACAUGCAAUAUGGACUUGACAGCUCGGCAGUGGGUGCCCUGCAAGUAAUGCCUGGAUUCUUGAAAAUAUUCGGUUACGAGGAUUCUAACAGUGAGCUGGGCUACGGGAUUGAUAGUACCGUUCAACAGUUGAUCACCUCUCUACUUACACUCGGCUCCUUCGUAUCCUCGCUACUAGCGGGUGCGUUUUCCAUGUUUCUAGGGCGUCGUCCUGCUCUAUGGUUGGCAUGCAUCCUGAACGCUGCUGCCUGUAUCAUCCAGAUAAUGAGCACUUCAGCCAACGUCCUAUACAUAGGGCGACUUCUGCUAGGUUUUGCAAACGGGUUCUUUGUGACUCACUCGAAUGUAUACACUGCCGAGGUAGCACCAGCACAUCUUCGGGGUCUCACAGUUGCUCUCUUUGCCUAUUGGGUAAAUGUUGGAUCUAUCCUUGGUACAGUCGUUGAUUACUACACAAAGGAUAGGAUGGAUAAGCUGUCUUACCAGAUUCCACUUUCGUGUUUAUUUAUAGUUCCUACCUUUCUUUUCGUUGCUCUAUUCUUUGUCCCCGAAAGUCCACGGUGGCUUUUGCGCCAUGGAAAGGAGCCCCAGGCUCGAGAGGCCCUGGAAAGAUUAAGAGGAAGUGAAUUAGACCCAGCAGAGAUUGAGAUUGAGUGGGUUGAAAUGGUACGAGGCGUUGAACAAGAGAUGCUGGUAUCAAAGAACGUGGGGUUCUUGGAUAUGUUUCGAGGGACUGACUUCCGGCGUACUAUCCUCUGCUACGCCCUGAUCGCUUGUCAGGCUGCAUCCGGCAUCUGGUUUCUCAUCGGAUACAACACCUACUUUUACUCUGUCACAGGGGUGGCCAAACCAUUCCAGUAUUCGAUAAUGAACACAUGCCUGGGUUUCAUAGGAGUCAAUUUCGGCAUGUUUGCAAUCCGAAAUCUGGUUGGUCGUCGUUCAAUUCUUCUUAUAGGUGCUUUAGGAUGCGGCUUGAGUCAACUUGCUGCCGCGAUUGCUGCGAGUAUUAACCCAGCCUCAUCAAACACUCUGGUAGCACUCACUGCACUUUUUAUGUUCUUCUACAACGGGUGUAUUGCAACUGCAAGCUACCUUGUUGCCACAGAACUGGUCAGCUCACGGUUGAGGGCAUGGACUGUGGGUUCAGCCACUUCAGUUGGAUCUUUGCUUGCCUGGUUGACAAACUUCUGCACACCGUACUUUAUCAACCCGGAAAAUCUCAAUUGGGGUGCAAAAUAUGGGUAUAUAUGGGCAGGUUCCAACUUCCUCGUUCUUCUAUUCGUCUACUUCUGCAUUCCGGAGUUGAAAGAUCGCACACUGGAGGAAGUCGAUGAGCUUUUCGCAGCCAGGAUAUCUGCCCGUGAGUUUAUUGGGUAUAAAUGCAUGACUCACGAGGACAUUGUUCGCAAUGUCAAGGAGCAGAAAACUGGCGCCGGAGAGGUAUUUGAAAUCGAAGACAUUCGCCCAGGCGGCAGCUAA